GGGGGUUGUGUGUUCGAUCGUACGCUCCCAGGGCUGAUGCUCUGUUCCGUAGUUGAUCGCUGAUUUUGCUGUGAUAGGAUAAACUAUUAGUUCGUUUACCUUCUGAAACCGAAUCCUGUUGCGUUUUAUUGCCUUUGGGACUGGCACCGUGUGAUUGUAAGAGGCUCGGUUGCGUGAGUUGCAGACUGAACUGAUUAAGCGGGAUGCAGACGAAGAAAGCGCAGCCAAUCCCAGGUCGUAAUCAGGCAGAGGAUGGGUGAUGAGAAUCGCACUGUCAUCAGCUAGAACCCAUACCGUGAUGUGCACUUUUGGGUCCGUCCAAAAGUGAUUGGUUUGUGUUCACUGCACGCCCCGCCGUCGCCAUGGGCAGCGUCUGCUCGAGGAAGAAGGGCCAGCUGGUCGACAAGGAUGAUCUGUACAGCGCGAGGUUCUCUAAGAGCGGCAGCUUCAAGUGGCUGCUGCACACGCUGUCCCGCAGCAGCUCCGAUGCGCACCGGAGGGCGCAGGGGGCAGUGCCGGGGCGGUGCCCGUCGCUUGUGGAGCUGUGCGUGGCCAAAAUCCGCGAGGACAUGAGUAUGUAUUCUGAUUUCUCGCUGCUGCCCAGGGAUCUUAGUCAGCAGAUAUUCAAUGAGCUGGUGGAGUGGAGCUGCCUCACUGAGGCAUCGCUUGGAGCUUUUCGUGAUUGCGCUUUGCAGGAUAUUUGUCUGGGAGAUUACCCUGGAGUGACGGAUGCUUGGAUGGAAGUAGUGGCUUCUCAAGGGCAAUCCUUGCUAUCUGUUGACAUCUCUUGCUCAGAUGUAACUGAUAGUGGAUUGAAUCUUCUUAAAGAUUGCUCAAGCAUGCAAAGUUUGGCAUGCGAUUACUGUGAUCAAAUCUCAGAACGUGGACUUAAAACAUUGUCAGGCUUUUCAAACUUGACAUCGCUGAGCAUUAAAAAAUGUGCUGCUGUUACUUCUGAAGGAGCAAAAGCCUUUGCAAACUUAGUUAAUUUGGUAAACUUAGACCUCGAGAGAUGCCUAAAGAUUCAUGGUGGGCUUGUUCAUUUAAAAGGCUUGAAAAAACUGGAAAAACUGAGUAUGAGAUAUUGUAAUUGCAUCACAGAUUCAGAUAUGAAGUAUUUGUCAGAUCUUACAAAUUUGAGAGAGCUACAACUGUCUUGCUGCAAAAUCUCUGAUUUUGGUGUUUCUUACCUGAGAGGUCUAUCCAAGCUAGCUCACCUAAACCUGGAGGGCUGUGCAGUAACUGCAGCUUGUUUAGAGGUUAUAUCAGAACUGGCUUCCCUGGCCUUGUUGAAUCUGAGUCGGUGUGGCAUAUACGAUGAAGGCUGUGAGAACUUGGAAGGUCUUGUCAAAUUGAAGGCUCUAAAUUUAGGGUUCAACCACAUUACUGAUGCCUGUUUAGUUCACUUAAAAGAUUUGAUCAACUUGGAGUGCUUGAACUUGGACUCAUGCAAGAUUGGUGAUGAGGGCCUAUUACACCUGAAAGGACUCAUGAAGCUAAAAAGCCUGGAGCUUUCAGACACUGAAGUUGGGAGCAAUGGACUUCGUCAUCUCAAUGGUCUGCAGAAUUUGCAGAGCAUCAAUCUCUCUUUUACGUUGGUUACUGACAUUGGUUUGAAGAAAAUUUCUGGCUUGACUUCACUGAAGUCUCUUAAUCUUGACAAUCGCCAAAUCACGGAUAAUGGUUUAGGAGCUCUUACAGGUCUCAUUGGAUUGACACACCUUGACCUAUUUGGAGCUCGCAUAACUGAUUCUGGUACAAACUGCUUCAGAUAUUUCAAGAAUCUACAAUCCCUGGAGGUCUGCGGCGGUUUGAUCACGGAUGCCGGAGUGAAGAAUAUCAAGGACCUGAAAGCUCUGACGCUGCUUAACCUGUCUCAGAACGGCAACCUCACGGACAAAACGCUAGAGCUGAUCUCUGGCCUGACCGCGUUGGUCUCGUUGAACGUGUCCAACUCGCGGGUGUCCAACUCGGGGCUCCACCACCUGAAGCCGCUGCAGAACCUGCGCUCCCUGUCUCUGGAGUCCUGCAGGGUGACGGCGAACGAGAUCAAGAAGCUUCAGCUGUCUGCCCUUCCCAACCUGAUAAGCGUGCGGCCAGAGUAAUAAUAUGGUGAUAUGCACCCGCCGCGACCUGCAACUGUAAGUGCCCGCUUAGAGCUGGCCACCAUGUACAUAGUUUGCAAGAACAAGCUUGUGCAAUACGCACAUUAGUCUCAUGUUACAUGCUAGUUGCUACGUCUGUGUGCCCACCAAAGCUGAUGGGAAGGAACCACUGUAAAUAUGGCGUGCUUCCUCCGCAUGUGGGAUGCUACUCUGUAAUGUCUUUGUGUAAACUGUAAAUAUAUCUUUGCUUUUGUGGUGAA